ACCAAACACCUGCUGAGCUGUUUCAGAUAAGUAUUAUAUAACUCCUGAGUUACCUAAUGCCUAUCCCUGGAUAGGAGGGAGAUCUGGUUUCAAAUCCAUUCAUAUCCAUGGCCUUGGGCAAAUUGUUCUUUCCCAUCUACCCGACCUCAGGGUAUUAUGAGGAGAAAUUGAGAUGACCCCAUGUAUACUACCCUGAGUUCCAUGGUGGAAACCUGGAACAGAAAUAUAAUAAAUGGUAUAAAUAUGCUUUCUCUAGCUCAUAUUUCUAAUGAAGAUUGGAGCACUAGCACAUCCAGAUAAAACAUCAUCAAGUUUAGUGUCAAAGGUUCAUUACAAAGAGCUGAAGCCAGCAGUCAAGGCUCCCAUUUUGACCAGCCUCAGAACCAGCUGCCUUUUCCAUCCAGGCAGGAGCAUCCAGCACAGAGACACCAUGGUAAAGCUGCAACUGCCCAACCCUGGCCUGGAUUUGAGAAUACUUUCUCAUGAGGAACUAGAAACCAUCGAGACCACAGAAGCGGACACAAGACCCAAAUGGGAUAAUAAGGCACAAUAUAUGCUCACCUGUAUAGGGUUUUGUGUAGGCCUGGGCAAUGUUUGGCGAUUCCCGUACCUAUGCCAAAGCCACGGAGGAGGAGCUUUUAUGAUCCCAUUCCUCAUUUUGCUUGUCCUGGAAGGCAUCCCUUUGCUCCAUCUUGAAUUUGCCAUUGGACAAAGGCUCAGAAAAGGUAGUUUGGGAGUCUGGAAUACUAUCCAUCCUACCCUGAAGGGAGUAGGUAUAGCAGCAAUGUUUGUCUCCUUCCUUGUGGGUUUAUAUUAUAAUACUAUUAUUGCAUGGGUGAUGUGGUAUUUCUUCAACUCAUUCCAAGAACCACUGCCCUGGAGUCAAUGCCCACUGAAUAUAAACGCAACAGAUUCUGUAGACGAAUGUGCAAAGAGCUCCCCUGUUGAUUAUUUUUGGUACAGGGAGACAUUAAACAUCUCCACUUCAAUUGAGGAUUCUGGAAGUGUGCAGUGGUGGCUUCUGUUGUGUUUAACAUGUGCCUGGGGCGUGUUGUAUGUGUGUACAAUCAGAGGCAUUGAAACAUCAGGAAAGGCGGUGUAUGUAACAUCAACUCUUCCUUAUCUUGUGCUUACCAUUUUCUUGAUCCGUGGUUUGACGCUGAAAGGAGCAGUCAGUGGAAUUGAAUUUCUCUUCACACCUAAUAUUACUGAAUUGGCCAACCCAGUCACCUGGCUAGAUGCUGGAGCACAAGUAUUUUAUUCUUUUUCCCUUGCUUUCGGAGGCCUCAUCUCAUUCUCUAGUUAUAAUUCAGUUCACAAUAACUGUGAGAAGGAUGCUUUGAUUAUCUCUGUGAUAAAUGGCUUCACAUCCAUUUAUGCAGCCACAGUCAUAUAUUCAAUCAUUGGAUUCAGAGCAACAGAGAGAUAUGAUGAUUGCUUUAGCAAAAAUUUCCUCACUCUGACAAAUGCAUUUGAUUUGCCUGAAGAUAACCUAACCCUUGAAAACUUUGAACAUAUGCAAGCUUGGUGUAACCUGACAGAUCCAGCAAAAUUUGCAACCCUUAAUUUUCAGGCCUGUGACCUGAACACAUUUUUAACUGAGGGUGUUGAAGGAACUGGCUUAGCAUUUAUUGUCUUCACUGAGGCCAUCACCAAAAUGCCUGUCUCGCCACUGUGGUCCAUCCUCUUCUUUAUCAUGCUGUUCUGCUUAGGUUUAUCAUCUAUGUUUGGAAAUAUGGAAGGUGUCCUUGUACCUCUUCAAGAUCUCAGAAUCAUACCCCCCAAAUGGCCUAAGGAACUUGUUACAGGUCUGAUUUGUGUGGGAUCCUAUUUGAUUGCCAUUAUUUUUGUGCUGAGAUCUGGCAACUACUGGCUGGCUCUGUUUGAUAAUUUUGCUGGAUCCAUUCCUUUGCUCAUAAUUGCUUUCUGUGAGAUGUUUUCAGUUGUCUACAUAUAUGGAAUAGACAGGUUUAACAAUGACAUUGAGUUCAUGAUUGGGCAUAAACCCAAUAUUUUCUGGCAGGCUACAUGGAGAGUUAUCAGUCCCCUCAUCAUGUUAGUUAUCUUCUUGUUUUACUUUGUGGUGAAAGUGAGAGAAAAAUUAGAAUACAUCACCUGGGACCUCAGUUAUGAGGAUUUCCCCAAAUCGGAGGCAAAAACAUAUCCAGGCUGGGUUUAUGCCAUCAUCGUAAUCCUUGCAGGAGUACCUAGCUUGGUUAUACCCCUGUAUGCCAUUUACAAAGGCAUCCGAAGUGCAAUUAAUAGGCGAGAUCCUGGGCGGCAAGAUCUGGUCAAUGCCAUAUCAGAAACGUCAGUAAACGGAGAACUGAAGAAUAAGGUGUAACUAAGACAUGGUAGAAAAAGACUGUUGUCAGUGAGA